AUGCCUGGACACUGUUGUGUUCCCGAGUGUCGCGGGAACUAUGACGGCGAGGAGACUGUGCGUGUGUUCACGUUCCCAUCGGAUCCCACCAGAAACGCGCAAUGGAUACGAGCCAUCCCACGUGAGGACUUCACGCCCGGAAAGCGCUCAGUGGUAUGUGAAAAACACUUUCAAGCCUCAGACAUUCUCGAUUCAACGAGGUAUGUGGACUCAAAAACUGGCAGAGUGAUCGAAGCCAAACUGAAGCUUUCACGUCUCCGCCCUGACGCCGUGCCACGCAUAUUUCCUAACUGCCCGGCGUACCUGUCAAGUUCCACUGCCAGCACAUCCCGAGAGACACCUGAGCAGAAGAGGAUUCGCCUCGACGCAACUUCUCUGCGAGAAGCCAUCAGCCUCUCUCUCGAGAUGCAUAAAGAAGAAGAAGAGAGAAACAAGGUCGAAACAUUUCAAGCUCUCCUGGAUUGCCUUCCAUGUCUCAAGGUGUCCCAGUUCUGGACAGUUAUUUCUCGGCAGAACUGCCUACUGUUCCUGAAUCUUAAGGUGGACAACGCCCCCUUAAUUCGGCAGUCAAUUACAAUCUCCGAAGACCUCUCCGUGAAAGUGUUCUUCCAAGAUGUCCAGGUCACGAAGAUUGAUGGCAUAGACGCCAUUCCAAGAACAGUAAACGACAUGCGAGAUUUGUCCCGUCUGCUGGAUGCUGUGGAGUCUUUGGAGGAAAUGCGUGCAUCCGAGACCGAAAACAGAGUCAGUGCCAUACUGAAACUUGCGCUUUCACUCCUUGAAGAUGUUACAAACUCUAAUCUGAAAGAUGACGAGCGGCAUAGCGCUUUGAGCUUCUUGAAAGAACAGGUGGUUCUACUUCUCAGCAAGACACCUCAGUACUCUUCAGAGUUGCUAGUUUUUUCAAGCCUUCUCUUUACCAUCUCUCCUCAUGCUUACAGGUUCUUGAGGAGUUCUGCAAACUUGAAACUUCCUCACCAGUCUACUAUACGACGUGUUUGUGGUUCCUACGAAGUUAGCCCAGCGGCCGAGCAGCAAAGUACUUCCCUUUUAUCAUAUGCCAAGAAGCUGGCUACUACAAUGAAGCAACACGAAAAGACAGUGGUGCUCAUGAUGGAUGAAAUUCAUUUGCAGCCCUAUUUUGACUACAAAGGCGGAUCAGUUGUUGGUGCUGCCAGUAAUAGCCCAAAUGCAGCAAAGACUGCACACGUCUUUAUGAUGCAAAGCCUGCUUUCAUCCCAGAAAAAUGUUGUCCAUAUUCUUCCAGUUGAUCAAAUCAAUGCGCAGCAGCUGCACACUGUUCUUCGCAGCAUCAUUACUGAGCUGGAGAACGUAGGCUUGCAUGUGGUCGCUGUCAUCACAGACAACAACUCCAUAAACAGAAAAACAAUGUCCCUUUUUAAAACACCACCGGAACUUUGCAGCGUCUAUCCACAUCCCUCAGACCCGGAGUGUCCUCUUUUCUUUGUUGUCGACCCUGUUCACAUACUAAAGUGCGUGAGGAACAAUUGGAUUAAUCAGAAAAACAUCGGAACCUGCAUGUUCUUCCCUCCCAUCAAGGGUCCUUUCACCAAACCAUGGACAGCGUCGUUCAAGACGCUUCGGGAGCUUCACUCAAAGGAACAGGACCAGCUCAUCAAGUCCGCUCCAACCCUAUCGAUGAAAGCGCUGCAUCCAUCCAACAUGGAGCGACAAAAUGUCAAGCUGGCUCUGAAGGUUUUCAGUCCAUCUACAAUCGCAGCCUUAGAGACCUGUGGGCUUCGACUUGGCUUGGAAUAUGCCGCUGGAACAGCAGAGUUCUUGAAGAUUGUCGAAAGGUGGUGGAGCAUCGUAAAUGUUAAGACGUGCAACAAGGGCCGACGACUUCGAGAUGACUUCCAGUCUCCAGUCACGUCUUUGUCAGGCCCACAAAUCGAGUACCUCACCAAUGUGAUAGAAUGGCUAGAUCUGUGGCAAUCCCUGAAGUUUGACACAGGCAGGCUCACACCGGACACUCACAGUGCCCUCCGACUCACGACGUCCACCUUGGUGAAGCUGACAAGCUACUGCCUUCAAGAGAUGGGAUUUGACUACGUACUACUCGGAAAAUUCCAGACCGACUGUUUGGAAGACAGGUUUGGAAAGUACCGACAGCUUGCUGGUGCCCAAUAUCAUGUUUCUAUAAGACAGAUAUUUGAAUCUGAACGGAAGCUUCGCCUUCAGAAAGUCCUCCAGCUCCCAGAUAUGGAGGUGGCAGCAUCUGCAGUCGAGAUGGAUGGGUCUGUACUGGAUAACUUCAGGAUUGAAGUGACGGACAUGGACAUUACUAACAAGGCUCCAAACCUCGCAGCGAUCACCUACGUGGCAGGCUACUGUGCUCACGCUGCACUCAAGAAGCUCUCCUGCACUGCCUGCAGAGCAAACUUAGUGCUGGAACGUGACAUCCAAGUUGAGAACUCGGACAUCAUCAGAAGCAUGAACCGAGGUGGACUCAAGUUCCCCCAGCCAGCUGUCGUCAAUGCUGUGGUCACAACAGAAAUAGUGCUUGACAAGCUGAGGAGCGAGAAGUAUGCCACACAAUUCCACGGGUUGCCAAACCAGAAAGCGGCACUGCUGACACUCACGCAUAAUAUAUUGGAUGACUCCAAUGAUCUCGAUGUGUGUGAUAGUGGUCAUUCGCCACAGCUGGUGAUGCGUCACAUUUUGAGCGCAGCAACGAACAUUGUACUGAACAACUAUUGCAAGACAAAGAAUGACCAGCUGGUUCUCAAGAAAUUAACCCAAAAGCGAAAGAUGAAGACUCUGAAGCACUGACGCUAUUUUGACUGACCUUACUUGUGAUGACUUCAUGUGACUGAUUUUCAUUCAGUCCACACAUUCCAUUUUUAGUGUAAAUAAACAUUCAAUCAUUGAACUUCUGUGCUGCACAAAUUAUGAUCCAGGGUUAUAAUAUCAUAAGUCUACUUGAUUUUAUUGAAUUAAGAGCCAGAUUAUUGUAGAAAGUCGUGAAAAAUAGUAUGAAAUACUGAAGCUAUAGGAAAAUGGUAAACCUCAUUAUUUUCC